UACCUCUCUAGAAGCGUCCAUUCGGGACCAACCUCGUGACAGCCACAGCUUCAUUCCCAGCCUGCGACGCCUGACCAACCGGAAGCGCGGAUUGAUUUCUACACGGCGAGAAAGGGCGGCUAAAAAAAACAAAAAAAAAAACAGCCUAAAAAGAAAUCAAAGGGGCGCUUGGCAAAUGAUUUCACAAAGGGGAGACGAGCGUUUUUGAAACCGCAACUGACCGGCGAUCAUCUUAAAGGAUUAUUCUUUCGGAUAUGGGAUCUACCUUCAGGGUCCCCACCUGCCGGGUGCCGUGAUGCCGCCCCCUGCCCCAGUUGAGCCCCUCACUGCCCUCUGAAGGAGCAGGAUGACAAGAUGGCACAGCUGCUUGUACCGCCCGGACCUGACAGCUUCUGCCCCUUCGGCCCCGAGUCGCUGGCCGCCAUCGAGAGGCGCAUCGCCGAGGAGGAGGCCCGGAGACCGCGGGCGGAUCGCCGCGCCGACUGCGACGACGAAAAUGGGCCCAGACCCAACAGCGACCUGGAGGCGGGGAAAUCCCUCCCCUUUAUUUACGGGGACAUCCCUCCCCUUCUGGUGUCCACCCCUCUGGAGGACUUGGACACCUUCUACAGCAACCAGAAGACCUUCAUAGUAUUGAAUCGCGGAAAGGCAAUCUUCCGUUUCAACGCCACUCCUGCCUUGUACAUCUUAAGCCCCUUCAACCCUCUGAGGAGGGUAGCUAUUAGAGUUUUAGUACACUCGAUGUUCAGCAUGUUGAUCAUGUUCACCAUCCUGACCAACUGUGGUUUCAUGACCCUCAGUAACCCCCCGGAAUGGGCCAAGAAUGUAGAGUACACAUUCACAGGGAUUUACACAUUUGAGUCCCUCAUAAAGAUCCUGGCCAGGGGCUUCUGCGUUGGGAAGUUCACUUUUCUGCGGGACCCGUGGAACUGGCUGGACUUUAGUGUCAUUCUCAUGGCGUAUGUAACAGAGUUUGUACACCUAGGCAAUGUUUCAGCUCUGCGCACGUUCAGAGUAUUGCGAGCUUUGAAAACUAUCUCAGUGAUACCAGGCUUGAAGACCAUCGUUGGUGCGCUGAUCCAGUCGGUGAAGAAGCUGUCGGACGUCAUGAUCCUCACCGUCUUCUGCCUGAGCGUCUUCGCCCUCAUCGGCCUUCAGCUCUUCAUGGGCAACCUGAGGCAGAAGUGCGUGCGCUUGCCGCUCACUGCCAACGCCACCAACAGCAGCAUCGCCAGCGCAGCCGGCGGGGGCGACGCGGCGCUCUUCAACGGCACCCUGCUGGACAUCAACGCCACAGAGAUCCCCUUCAACUGGACAGAGUACAUGAACGACAAGAGUAAUUACUAUUUCCUACCGGGGCGUCGGGAUGCUCUACUCUGUGGGAACGGCAGCGGCGCUGGGCUCUGUCCAGAGGGCUUCACGUGCAUCAAAGCCGGCCGCAACCCAGACUACGACUACACCAGCUUCGAUACGUUCAGCUGGGCCUUCCUCUCCCUGUUCCGCCUCAUGACCCAGGACUACUGGGAAAACCUCUACCAGCAGACUUUGCGGGCGGCGGGGAAGCCCUACAUGAUCUUCUUUGUGCUGGUGAUCUUCCUGGGCUCCUUUUACCUGGUCAACCUGAUCCUGGCCGUGGUAGCCAUGGCUUAUGAUGAGCAGAACCAGGCGACCAUCGAGGAGGCUCAGCAGAAGGAGGAGGAGUUCCAGGCCAUGCUGGAGCAGCUGAAGAGACAGCAGGAGGAGGCGCAGGUUGCCGCGGCAGCAGCCACGGAGAGCGGGGAGUACAGCGGGAGAGGCGCCCCCACCUCCGAGUCGUCCUCGGGGAUGUCGAAGCUCAGCUCCAAGAGUGCCAAGGAGCGACGCAACAGGCGGAAGAAGAGGAGGCAGAGAGAGGAAGAGGAGGGGAGGGGGGCCCACGACAAAUUCCACAAGUCUGAGUCUGAGGACAGCAUCAAGAGAACCAGCUUCCGCUUCUCCAUAGACGCCAACAGGCUGUCGUAUGAGAAGAGGUGCUCCUCGCCCAACCAGUCUCUCCUCAGCGUCCGCGGAUCCCUCUUCUCACCGCGGAGGAACAGCCGCGCCAGCCUCUUCAGCUUCCACGGCCGCGCCCGCGACAUGGGCUCCGAGAACGACUUCGCCGACGACGAGCACAGCACCUUCGAGGAGAGCGACAGCCGCCGCGGCUCCCUGUUCCUGCCGCGGCGCCUCGAGCGCCGCUGCAGCGCCGUCAGCCAGACCAGCCUCGGGGCGCCGCGCAUCAUCCUGCCCGCCAACGGCAAGAUGCACUGCGCCGUGGACUGCAACGGCGUGGUGUCUCUGGUCGGUGGGACGUCCGUAACGACCUCCCCUGGAGGUCUCCGGCUGCCCGAGGGUACAACUACAGAUACUGAGCUCAAGAAGCGGCGGCCAGGUUUUCGCAAGCCAUCCAUGGAUUAUUUGGACGAACCGGUGGCCCGGCAGAGAGCCAUGAGCGUGGCCAGUAUCCUCACCAACACCAUGGAAGAGCUGGAGGAGUCGAGACAGAAAUGCCCCCCUUGCUGGUACCGAUUUGCCAACACCUGCCUGAUCUGGGACUGCUGCCCCACGUGGCUGAAAAUCAAGGACAUCGUCAGCACGGUGGUCAUGGACCCCUUUGUGGACCUGGCCAUCACAAUAUGCAUUGUGCUCAACACCCUGUUCAUGGCCAUGGAGCACUACCCCAUGACUAAAGAAUUCAAUAGCGUCCUCUCAGUGGGAAACUUGGUGUUCACAGGCAUCUUCACGGCAGAAAUGUGCUUCAAGAUCAUCGCCCUGGAUCCCUACUACUACUUCCAACAGGGCUGGAACAUCUUUGACGGCAUCAUCGUGAGCCUGAGCCUGAUGGAGCUCGGCUUAGCCAACGUGGAGGGCCUAUCCGUCCUGCGCUCCUUCCGAUUGCUGAGGGUCUUCAAGCUGGCCAAGUCAUGGCCCACUCUGAACAUGCUGAUCAAGAUCAUCGGCAACUCGGUGGGGGCCCUGGGGAACCUGACGCUGGUGCUGGCCAUCAUCGUCUUCAUCUUCGCCGUGGUCGGCAUGCAGCUGUUCGGCAAGAGCUACAAGGAGUGCGUGUGUAAGAUUUCCGAAGACUGCCAGCUGCCCCGCUGGCACAUGCACGACUUCUUCCACUCCUUCCUCAUCGUGUUCCGGGUGCUGUGCGGGGAGUGGAUCGAGACAAUGUGGGACUGCAUGGAGGUGGCCGGGCAGAGCAUGUGCCUGAUAGUCUUCAUGAUGGUCAUGGUCAUUGGAAACCUGGUGGUUUUAAACCUCUUCCUGGCUCUCCUCCUGAGCUCAUUCAGCGCCGACAACCUGGCGGCGACUGACGAGGACAGCGAGAUGAACAACCUGCAGAUCGCCGUGGGCCGGAUCCAGCGGGGCGUCGCGUUCCUCAAAUCCGCGUUCCGGCAGUUCCUCCAGAGCCUCUGCUUUGGCGGCGGCGGGAAGGGCUGCGGCCUGGCGGAGGAGACCAAAACGCUGGAUGAGCUGCACAGCAACGGCAAGGGCAACUGCGUCUCCAACCACACGUCGGUGGAGAUCACCAAAGACCCCAGCGUGGUGUACGUGACAGAGGGAAACGGGCGCCCGGGAGGAGGGCUGGUGGUCGGGCUCGGGCUCGGCGGCGACUCCGCGGAGAAGUUCCCGGACGACGAGUGCGACUACAUGUCGUUCAUCCACAACCCCAGCCUGACGGUCACGGUGCCCAUCGCGGUGGGCGAGUCGGACUUCGAGAACCCCAACACGGAGGAAUUCAGCAGCGACUCGUCGGACGUGGAGGACAGCAUAGAGAAGCUCGACGUAGAGCCCCAGCGCCUGAGCUCAUCGGAGGGGAGCACGGUGGACAUCCGCCCCCCGGGAGACGGGGUGGACUCGGUGGAGCUGGAGCCGGAGGAAUCCCUGGAACCGGAGGCCUGCUUCACGGAGGGCUGCCUGAUCAGGUUCCCGUGCUGCCAAAUCGAUGAGGAGGAAGAGCAUUUUAAGCGCUGGUGGACCCUCAGGAAAACCUGCUUUAUCAUAGUGGAGCACAACUGGUUUGAAUCCUUCAUCAUAUUCAUGAUCCUGCUAAGCAGCGGAGCGCUGGCGUUCGAGGACAUUUACAUUGAGCAGCGGAAGACCAUUAAAAUCGUGCUGGAGUACGCGGACAAGGUUUUCACUUACAUCUUCAUCCUGGAAAUGCUGCUGAAGUGGGUGGCCUACGGCUUCGUCAAGUAUUUCACCAACGCCUGGUGCUGGCUGGACUUUCUCAUUGUAGACGUGUCCCUGGUGAGCCUCGUAGCGAACGCUCUGGGCUACUCUGAGCUAACCGCCAUCAAAUCUCUGAGGACACUGCGAGCCCUCCGGCCCCUGAGGGCGCUGUCUCGGUUUGAGGGCAUGAGGGUCGUGGUCAACGCGCUGCUGGGGGCCAUUCCCUCCAUCAUGAACGUGCUGCUGGUCUGCCUCAUCUUCUGGCUCAUCUUCAGCAUCAUGGGCGUCAACCUGUUCGCGGGGAAGUACUACUACUGCGUCAACACCACCACGGAUUUGGUGUUCCCCCUCGACGUGGUCAACAACAUGACGGAGUGUCUGAACCUGGCGAACGACAGCGCGCGCUGGAAGAACGUCAAGAUCAACUUUGACAACGUGGGGGCCGGCUACCUGGCUCUGCUGCAAGUGGCAACCUUUAAGGGGUGGAUGGACAUCAUGUACGCAGCGGUGGACUCUCGAGAUGUGGAGGAUCAGCCCGAAUACGAAGUGAACUUGUACAUGUACCUCUACUUUGUCAUCUUCAUUAUCUUCGGCUCCUUCUUUACCCUCAACCUGUUCAUCGGCGUCAUCAUCGACAACUUCAACCAGCAGAAGAAGAAGUUUGGAGGUCAGGACAUCUUCAUGACAGAAGAGCAGAAGAAAUACUACAACGCCAUGAAGAAGUUGGGCUCCAAGAAACCACAGAAACCGAUACCUCGGCCGGCGAAUGCAUUCCAAGGCUGCGUGUUCGACUGCAUCACAAAGCAGGCCUUCGAUAUCGUGAUCAUGAUCCUCAUCUGCCUCAACAUGGUGACCAUGAUGGUGGAGACGGACAACCAGACCAAGGAAAUGGACAAAACACUCUACCGGAUCAACCUGGUCUUCAUCGUGCUCUUCACUGGGGAGUGCAUGCUCAAGAUGAUCUCCUUGCGUCACUAUUACUUCACCAUCGGCUGGAACAUAUUUGACUUUGUGGUGGUGAUCCUGUCCAUCGUAGGCAUGUUUUUAUCCGAAAUUAUUGAAAAGUACUUUGUGUCCCCGACGCUGUUCCGAGUGAUCCGUCUGGCCCGGAUAGGCCGCAUCCUCCGACUCAUCAAAGGGGCCAAGGGUAUCCGGACGCUCCUCUUCGCCCUGAUGAUGUCGCUGCCCGCUCUGUUCAACAUUGGCCUCCUCCUCUUCCUCGUCAUGUUCAUCUACGCCAUCUUCGGCAUGUCCAACUUUGCCUACGUCAAGCACGAGGCGGGCAUCGACGACAUGUUCAACUUUGAGACGUUCGGGAACAGCAUGAUCUGCUUGUUCCAGAUCACCACGUCGGCCGGGUGGGACGGACUGAUGGCGCCCAUCCUCAACAAGAGGGAGCCCGACUGCGACAGCGAAAUGGAGCACCCGGGCAACAACCACAAGGGCAACUGCGGAAACCCGUCGGUUGCCAUCUUCUUCUUCGUCAGCUACAUCAUCAUCUGCUUCUUGAUCGUGGUUAACAUGUAUAUCGCCGUCAUCCUGGAGAACUUCAGCGUGGCGACAGAGGAGAGCGCCGAGCCGCUGAGCGAGGACGACUUUGAGAUGUUCUACGAGGUGUGGGAGCGCUUCGACCCCGACGCCACGCAGUUCAUGGAAUAUAGCAAGCUCUCUGACUUUGCCGACGCCCUGGACCCGCCGCUGCGCAUGGCCAAGCCCAACAUGCUCCACCUGAUCUCCAUGGACCUGCCGAUGGUGAGCGGCGAGCGCAUCCACUGCCUCGACAUCCUGUUUGCCUUCACCAAGCGAGUGCUAGGCGAGAGCGGCGAGAUGGACGUCCUGCGCGGGCAAAUGGAGGAGCGCUUCAUGGCCUCCAACCCGUCCAAGGUGUCCUACGAGCCCAUCACCACCACCCUGCGCCGCAAACAAGAGGACAUGGCGGCCGUAAUUAUCCAGCGAGCCUUCCGUCACUACAAGAUCCGCCUGGCCAUGAAGAAGGCUUCCGCCAUCUACAAGGAGCGGCUGAAGGAGGGAGCCCGCGACCCCGACAAGGACUUGAUGGUCAUCGGCAAGUUCCCCGAGAACUCCACCUCCGAGAAAACAGACAUGACACCCUCGACGGCCUCGCCGCCGUCCUACAACAGCGUGACAAAAUCGUACAAUGACAAAUACGAGAAAGAGAACAGGGAAAAAGAAAACAAAGGUAGAGACAGAAAUAAAUAGACUUAUUAGAUAGAUAAUGCAUCAGAGAGGCGAGGGGAAAUUUGUUUACAGCUUUUAGAGGGGGUGUGUAGAUGUACGCCUGGCUUUUGAAGAGCGCUCCUUCAGGGGGGCGUGACAUGCGAGCGUGCUUAUGUCCUAUGUGAAUACGUGGGGGUCUUCUCAGAGACAAAACAUUCGGUACAGGAGACACUGUCAGAGGUCAACUGCAAAAAAAGGAAAGCCUCUCUGCACAAUGCGCUUGUGAAUUUCCUCUUGGUUGUUGUUACUGACACACUUGAGUGUAUCAUUAAGUAGUCUGUAGCUAGUGCUGCUGCUGCUACUACUAUAAAUCCAGUGUCUUGAAUUUCAACAAUCGCUGUAUCACUAAACAAGUACUCUGCGUUUUCAUCUUUUGUUCUUUUUUUCCGUUCUUUUUUUGGUGACAGUUUCUUUUCUUUUUUUAAAGAAAGAAUGUUUUAUACUUUUUUGUGUUUUUAUUGUGAAAACGUGUCCUCUGCUUUCACUGUUGUAAAAUCACCUAGGGUAGACAAAGUCAAUGCUGGAAACCUCAACAAGGGUGCACUCGUUGCACCAAGCUGAAACGAAACUGAGCUGCAAAGGACAACUCCUUUGCACUCAGUGCCAUCAGUGAUUGUUGAACUCUGUAUUGUGCUUCUGCCCCCUGCCCAUUUCAAUGGAAAACACAAGUCUCUGAUUACAGAGAAGCUGAAUGUAUGCAAGGAAUGAGACAUUUAAAGAAAUUGUUGACAUUUUGGGGAAUGUUCUUAGUUGCUGUUUUAGAUGAGAAGAUCAUUCUUUUAAAUAUGGCGCUCGUCCCCUUAGCAAAGACGGAAAGCAGCGGAACAGCUAGCCUGACUCGCUCAACAAUCCCCCCCCCCAGAGGCUCGCCAAUCAACAAGUCGUAUCUGGAGCUUUGAGCGUGCACGGAGUUCGCGGCGAUAUUCUCCAAAACAACAAGGUGCGCACGGACCAAAGAUUCAGCGCAGAAAAAGAAAGUGAACAAGUGUUAUCGGGAGAAACGCCAGAGGCCGAACAUGGAGCUCUUCAAUGCUCAGGAGAAAAUGUAAGGAAGUGUAAGCUCAUACGUCAUGUCGGAUUUUUAUGGACAUACCUGUUUUAAAAAAAGUUGAAUACCAUGUAAUCAAGUUUUGACGUGCAAAAUAUUUACUUAAAUGCAGAUUGUAAAGAUCUCUUAGCUUUUAAAGCAUUUUAUAGCAACAAUUGGUCGUCUUUUUAAUUAUUGUGAUAUUUAAAGUAAAAAAUCAUUCCUCUUUUGCUUCUUAAUUCAAGUUAGUGGCUUUUUGACUUUGAAUGAAAAGGCCAUCAUAUAGCGGUAAAUAAGUGAUGACAUCACUGACAUCCAAAAGUACCUUUAAGUGAAAUAAAUGGUUGUGGUUUGGGUUGCUUAAACUACAGUUGAACAAGUCAACGUUGACAAACGGACCCAAAACCAGGUUUAUAUUUAUAAGCUCUAGUUGGAGCGAGCCAGGCUAGCUGAUACAUUAACCCUCGCCAACAUGCUAACCCUCGCCGACACGCUAACCCUCGACAACACGCUAACCCUCGGCAACACGCUAACCCUCGACAACACGCUAACCCUUGACAACACGCUAACCCUCGACAACACGCUAACCCUCGGCAACAUGCUAACCCUCGACAACACGCUAACCCUUGCCAACAUGCUAACCCUUGUCGACAUGCUAACCCUCGGCAACACGCUGUUAGCUAACUUAGUAACACAAGUGUUAUCCCAAUCUACCCAUGCACACUCUUGACAUUAUUAUUGACUCUUUUCCGUAAAAUGUCAGAAGUAUUCCUUAAAAUGUGGCGCUCAAAUCGUGUCUCCUCCAAAGCAUUUGGCCACUAUCCUCCCCGAGCUAUUGUGAAGGAAGGAACUGAAUUUUAAAGACAAAUCUUUGUAGCUAUCCCAUUUACCAAUGCUACGAGCAGUGGUACGACUUCCGUGCUGUUUUAAAUUGAAAAGCUAGUGGUUUUAAUUUACUGGUUUCUACAUAAUCCAGCUAUUCGAGCCCACAGUAUGCAUCACACUUACUUUUAAUGUAAGAGCACUUUUUAUCCCACUUCUGUAUGUAACACCUCUUCGUACAUGUAGAUGUGUGUGUGUGUGUGUGUGUGUGUGUGAGACGUGCGUCCACGUGUAAGGGAGAAUCUCAAUGUCUGUUUCUCAAUGUGAGCUUGCGUUUUUGUUUGUGAAAUUGGGUGUCCGCGGGUUGCUUUUGUUCCACCGAUUAUGAAUAACAUUUAUAUUGUAGACAUGAGUGUAUUUUUUCAGUCUUCGAAUUUGAUUUACAUUUUUUAAUUUUGUAUUUCUUUUGUACUGUAACUCAUUACAAACACAGUGAAGUGUCUGGUCCCCACAUCUGUAGAUUAACCAUGAAGCAACCAGUAGCCAUCUCUCAUUGCGCUUGUAGUGUUUUAGUGAACAGCAUGCAAGAAGUGACUACUGUCUGUUCAUAUGGUCAUAUAAUUUCAAAGCCAAAAGAAUAAAGGACAUAUUUUUUGUAA